CAAGAUUUGGGUCGUGAACAACCAGCUCAGUGCUCUGCCGGGCCAGUUGAUACUAAUGAUAUUAAGUUACUAAUAGGCACUAUAAUGGGAUCAACAGACACCCCGUACCAAGGGGGCGCUUUCUUUUUAACUAUCCAGUUUCCACCGGAUUAUCCGUUUAAGCCUCCCAAAGUUACCUUCGUCACGAGAAUAUAUCACCCAAAUAUAAACAGCAAUGGAAGUAUAUGCUUAGAUAUCCUUCAUCUACUCGUUGAUAAGGCCUGUUUAUUACUAACCUUUAUUAAAUGUGGUCUAGUACUUUCGAGCAUCUGUUCUUUGCUUUCUACGCCAAAUCCUGGCAAUCCGUUAGCACCAGAGAUCGCUAAUAUCUUCAAAACUGGUCGUCCAAAGUUCAAUGAGUUAGCCAAAGAAUGGACUAAGACUGUAGAUGCUAUAAAUAACUAA